UAUGAGGACCGUUACCUUUGCGGCUGUCUGAUGCGGUCAACGUCAUAGCGGCCAAGGACACUGCAUGAUGCAUAUGAUUCUGCUGAUUUUAGCACCUUUGGAUAUUACCAGAAUUACCAGUCCUCCAGUACGGAACCUAUCUCCUCCGUUUUUUGCCAAUCGCCACCCUACGACAACCUGCGCGAGGAACGAAGACUGGGAGUGGGAGGCUAGGACACACCCGCAUACUGUAGCUCUCCAAAACCGGUGCACGCGCGGUGAUGCUGCAGACAGCAGGAUAAUCUGAUUAACGGUCCCGAGUAGGAAAUAGAUGUUUGCUCUUCACGGGAUCUAAAACAUAGGAGGGAUUUUUAGCCGUUGGCAAUUUACCCCAUUAUAUUAAGUGACAUAUGGGAACAGCAACUAACACCCAGUUUUGAACAAGGUGACUGCUGACGGAUCAAUCCAUGAGGUGACAUCCUGUGACAUCCUGUGGCCGUCCGGUCUUUACGGCAUUGAACCCCCUCCCUUUCCUCCGUCCCCCUCCCAGCAGUUUCCAGGCUGAAAAGUGCAGGCCUCCUGCUCCCCCAGCAGAAUGACUGUAGCCACUGGUGACCCCUCUGACGAGGCGGCAGCACACCCGGGGAACCCGGCAGAGUAUGACCCUGACGCUGACCAUGAGUGCUGCGAGAGAGUGGUCAUCAACAUCUCUGGACUACGUUUCGAGACACAGCUUAAAACUCUCUCUCAGUUCCCCGAUACUCUGCUGGGGGACCCCAAAAAGAGGAUGCGCUACUUCGACCCACUGAGGAACGAGUAUUUCUUCGACCGGAGCCGAACCAGCUUUGAUGCCAUUCUCUAUUUUUACCAGUCAGGAGGGAGGCUACGGCGGCCGGCCAAUGUGACCCUCGAUAUUUUCUCAGAGGAGAUCCGUUUCUAUGAGUUGGGGGAUGAGGCCAUUGAGCUGUUCAGAGAGGAUGAGGGUUUCGUCAAGGAGGAAGAGAGGCCACUUCCUGACAAUGAGUUUCAGAGACAAGUGUGGCUGCUAUUUGAGUACCCAGAGAGCUCGGGUCCCGCUAGGAUUAUCGCUAUCAUCUCCGUCAUGGUCAUCCUCAUCUCUAUCGUAAGCUUCUGCCUGGAAACCCUGCCCAUCUUCCGCAACGACGACGACGAACCGCGCAGUGUCUUUGACACCAACACCAACACCACAAUCUACUUCACGUCCACCUACUUCACUGACCCAUUCUUCAUCCUGGAGACGCUCUGCAUCAUCUGGUUCUCCUUUGAGUUCCUGGUGCGCUUGUUUGCCUGCCCCAGCAAAUCUGGCUUUUUUGGUAACGUCAUGAACAUCAUUGACGUUGUUGCCAUCAUCCCCUACUUCAUCACCCUGGCCACAGAGCUGGCUGAGAAACCAGAGGAUGGCCAGGCGGGUCAGCAAGCCAUGUCCCUGGCUAUUCUCAGGGUCAUCCGUCUAGUGCGAGUCUUCCGAAUCUUCAAGCUCUCGCGACACUCCAAGGGGCUUCAGAUCCUGGGCCAGACCCUGAAAGCUAGUAUGAGGGAGCUCGGUCUGCUGAUCUUCUUCCUCUUUAUUGGAGUCAUACUUUUCUCCAGUGCUGUCUACUUUGCGGAAGCUGAUGAGCCCGAAUCGCAGUUUGAAAGCAUCCCAGACGCCUUCUGGUGGGCUGUUGUCUCCAUGACGACAGUAGGGUAUGGUGACAUGGUCCCAACCACUAUUGGUGGCAAGAUUGUGGGCUCCCUCUGCGCUAUUGCAGGUGUGCUGACAAUUGCCUUGCCCGUGCCUGUCAUUGUUUCCAACUUCAACUACUUCUACCACCGUGAGACGGAGGGUGAGGAGCAGGCCCAGUGCCUAGGCCCAGUCACCAAAGAGGACUCGAAUGAAGAGCUGAAAAAGAGCCGGAGCGGAUCAACCAUCAGUAAAUCAGACUACAUGGAGAUCCAGGAAGGGGUGAACAACAGUAUUGAGGACAUCCCUGAAGAGAACCUCAAGACUCAGGCCAACUGCACAACGCUGGCCAACACAAACUAUGUCAACAUCACCAAAAUGCUCACGGACGUGUAGCCAGCCGGCAGGCAUUGACCUCUCAGUGAGGUUGAGGGGUCAAAGGAUAGGACAGGUGUGUAGCCUCCCAUUUCACAUGUGCUGCUGGAAUAUCAAGGCAAUAGAUUCAGGACGUAUACCUGUACUCGUCAUUUGUCAGUGAUGAGAAACACCAGAGACCAUGUGCUCACUCCUCCCCUAGCUCCCCCUGUUAGCGCCUCACACCUUUCCCUCAAACUGACCUUCUGUCAGACUUAAAAUCUUAUAAUCAAAAUUUGCUUGUUGAUGUCUGCAUGGAGUUGGCUUUGUCAGUGUGACUUUUCCAAUAGUCAAAUUACCUGUUCACAACAGUAUCCAACAGUAGUACAAAAAAGAGGAGAAAUGUAGUUCAAAAAGGGAAUUUAUCGUUUCCAGAAUAACCACACCACCAACACUGCUUCAGCCCCCCUGUGCCUGCCCCUACCCUGGUCUCCCUUCAUCGCCAAAGGCACACUGCGCUUCUGAAGAGUCUUGUUUGAGUGCUACAGUAUGCUGCUUCCUGGAGCAAACGAAACAAACCCGUUCUGUGGUGAACUACUUGGAGAUUACGGAACGUGUGAGCAUAAAGCGGGCAUUCAGGUGCUGAGGCCUGUCGUGGCCUGAGUCUGAGACACACAAGGAGUGGUACUGUAGUAGCAAUCCACAUGAUUUAAGGGAUGUAUGACAUACUUCAGCUCCAUUAGCUUAUGAUGGUUUGACAUCUUUUCUUCAGUAGACAUCAGUAUCUGAUGAAUGACUGAGAAUGUCCUUGACUUUUCACUGCUUUAGUCUUACAUGAUUUAUGUGUUUACUGUACAUUGCAAUGCAAGCGUCCCUUGUCCACUCACAUGCAUCAGUCUGAACCAAUCUUACUGCAGCUUUGAGGACAAAGUGAAUGUCUCUUCCUCUUUUAUAAAAAAAAGUGUACUCAUUUACAUACAGAUAGGUAAGUAGUUGUGACUGUAACCGAUAAUGUAGCUAGAUACUGUGGGUACUGUAGGUAGUAACUAUAGCCAGUUGAUUGUUGCAUGGAGUUCUUAACUGAAUGAGUAUUCUCACUCACACAACUAUCAUUGCUCCAAAGACACAGUUUAUUGUCUUGCCCUCUAUAACCUUCUAUCACACGUGAAUGGAUGACUAUGAAGUGGGUAUCAUACAUGUAAGUAUUCACCCCCCAUGGAUUUAUUCACAUUUUGUUGCGUUACAAAGUGGGAUUGAAAUAGAUUUAAUUGUGAUUUUUCUAUACAUAAUACUCCAGAAUGUCAGAGUAAAAAAACAUUUCUACACAAUUUGAAAAAGUAUUCACCCCUUUUGUUUACUCAAGCCUAAAUUAGUUCAGGAGUAAAAUGUGGCUU